UAGUGGGAUGAGAUGGCAUGUGUUUUAAAAAACAAAAACAACUAACUAACGUAGUGUAUGGUGGAGUAGAGAGUAGAAGGUGGUGGUGGUGUAUUAUGUUUGAGGAUCAGUUUUCUGAAGAAAUGGGCGUCGAGCAGCAGCAAAACGCGGGCGUUUUGCGGUCUAUGCUACCGGACCAGCCUUCUCCUUCUCCAAAAUCUCCUCCGCCUUCCACCUCCGUCUUCCUCCGCCUGCAGCGCCACCACCACUUCUCCGACUCCCCCAAUAAUAAUUCCAACUUCCUCCACCUCCAAACCUCCAACAACAACAACUCCGACUCCUCCACCAACUGGCUGUCUCCCACCGCCGACGUUAAGAAGCACGGUGAAGGCGAAUUCGAAGGCGCAGGAGGGAGCAGUAGUAGUAGUAGUUGGGUGAGGGAGAAGUGCAAGGCCGACCUUCUGAACCACCCUCUCUACGAUCAAUUGCUGUCGGCUCACGUGUCCUGCCUCAGAAUCGCCACGCCCGUUGACCAGCUCCCCAGAAUCGACGCCCAGCUUGCUCAGUCCCAAAACGUCGUCGCUAACUACUCCUCCCUUCUCGCCCACCCCCAACCUCCCCUAGACGAUAAAGACCUUGAUCAAUUUAUGACACAUUAUGUUAUGUUGCUGUCUUCCUUUAAAGAACAACUACAACAACAUGUCCGAGUCCACGCUAUGGAAGCUGUGAUGGCCUGCUGGGAACUUGAGCAGUCCCUGCAGAGCUUAACAGGGGUAGCGCCAGGUGAAGGAACGGGUGCAACAAUGUCUGAUGAUGAGGAUGAUCUGCAGGCGGAUAGUGACACCAACAACUUGUUUUUUGAUGGAGGAGCAGACACCAUGGGCUUUGGACCUCUGGUGCCUACUGAAACUGAGAGGUCACUUAUGGAGAGGGUGAGACAAGAACUUAAGCAUGACCUCAAACAGGGGUACAAGGAAAAGAUAGCAGACAUCAGAGAGGAAAUUAUGCGGAAAAGAAGAGCAGGGAAGCUGCCUGGUGAUACUACAUCUCUCUUAAAAGCAUGGUGGCAAUCGCAUUCUAAAUGGCCUUAUCCAACCGAGGAAGACAAAGCAAGAUUAGUACAAGAAACUGGCUUGCAACUCAAACAGAUUAACAAUUGGUUCAUCAACCAAAGGAAAAGAAAUUGGCAUACCAAUCCUUCUUCUUCAUCUUCUUCUUCUCACAAGACCAAACGCAAGAGUGCAGCUGAAAAAUCCAGCACCGAGCAUUUCAUGUGACAACGAGAUAGAUCCAACAAAACAAAACAUAUUCCGUCUGUUUUUCUAUCCAAAACUACUUAAAGCAGAGCAAAGCAGAGCAUACAAGAUUCAAGAACCAAGCAUUACGCCACUGCUCACUUGUUUUCAGUUCACCAAAGGUUUGGCAAAAGUAAAAUUAAACCACAGGUUCAUCAAUUCUAGUUGACUAGAUUAUGCUCGUGUCGUGUCCAGAAUAUAUAUAUAGAUUUAUGGGGGAUUUCACUGGGGUACCAUGUUUUUUUGUUAGCACAAGUAGGAGGUGUAGAUUAUGGUUAGGGGCUCCAGCUAGUUUAUAUAAUAAUAAUACUACUAAUGUACUGCAUCAACAAUAUAAACCUUGCUACUUUAUUAAGUUGAGAUGAGAUGGCACAUAAACUGUUUUA